AUGGAUGGAGAUGGAGUGAAACGUGUUCGUUCCACAAACCAACCGGGUGAAGUUGAUAGGAUAAGCCAUCUGCCAGAUUGCUUGAUAUUCAAGGUACUCCUGAGUCUUCCGACCAAAGAAGUCGUUAAGACAAGUACGUUAUCCACCAGAUGGAACCAUAUCUGGAAACACGUACCUGGACUGAACUUGGAAUACGAUGAUUUUUCAGAGCACGACUCAUUCGUGAGUUUUAUCGAUAGCUUUCUGAGUUUCAACAGGGACACGCGCUUACAUAUGUUUAAGUUAACGUACGAUUAUUCAGAGGCUGACGAGCCUGAACCUAGUCUUGUCAGGCGCUGGCUCGACACUGUUUCUAGGAUGAAAGUCGAAACUCUCGAUGUUACGGACGAUUCAGCAGAGAGUUGGGAACUCGAGAUGACUCCAGCACUCUACACUUGUGGGAGCUUGGUAUCCUUGAAGCUCGUUGGACUAACCUUGCCUAGUCCCGACCUUGUUUCUUUACCUUCUCUCAAAGAUAUCAAUUUAAUCCUUGUUGAGUUUACCGACGAAUGGGCACUAGAAAAGUUCAUAUCACAAUGCCCAUCUCUCAAAAACUUAUGUAUUGAGAGGAGUUUCGGUGAUGAUAUACCAAUGUUACGUGUGCGUUCUCAAUCUCUGUUGACCUUUAUUCAUAUUGUUGACAGCCACGAGAGUUUUGAUGAUGAACGUAUACUUGAAAUUGACGCCCCUAUGCUUAAGUAUCUGAAGCUCAGUGAUGGUCGAACUGCUAGUUUCAAACUAGAGGAUACGGCUUCCCUUGUAGGAGUGCAUAUAAACACUGCGUUUAACUUGACUUCCACGAGGAGGUUCUGUCCAAAUGAUGCACAAAAGAGAAAUAUGAUUCAAAAUUUUCUCCUCAUGAUCUCUAGGGUUGAUAAUAUAGUCAUCGCCUCGUGUACUCUCGAGGUCAUUUAUGAAUACUCAAGAUAUGAACAGUUACCGGUAUUUCGUAACCUAUCUUCCUUGCGUGUCAAUUUAGACGGCUACGUCUGGGAAAUGUUGCCGGUCUUUCUUGAGAGCUGCCCGAAUCUAACAACUCUUGUCCUGGGAUCUAUCCAAAAUCACGUCAAGGUGGGAAUCACUGUUUCUCCCAGACGUCCGCGUGUCCUGCCAUCUCUCAAGUAUGUUGAGAUAGAAAGGCCAUUCAAAGGGGAUGCGUUGGAGAUGCAACUAGUGGGUUACUUACUUGUGAACUCACAAAGCCUCAAGAAACUAACCUUAAGCUUGGAUGAUUCCUUAAAGAAAGAAAGAUCUGUCAUCUUCAACGAACUCCUUUUGAUGCCAAGACUCUCUAGCACAUGUGAAGUUGUCGUGCUCUCUGAUGAUCCAUAUGAUAUCACCAAUGAAUCAGCAUACAAGUUUGUCCUUUGA